GACAAGUGUUUGACUGUUUUGCUUGUUCGGCGUUUGUUCGGUCUUUUUGUCACUCUUUUGGUUGUGGGAUUUCUCGUGGAUGAGGGGUGCUGGGGUUGCGCGGGGUGGACGAGUGACGGCUGGUGCUGGGGCGGCGUUGCUCGUCGUCCUGCUCGUUCUGCUCGUGCCAGCGGGUGCCACGCCGACCACCGACAACCACGCGUUGGAUGCCUGUGCAGCAAGGACGAGCGCUGACGACGACAGAGACGCAUGCGCGGGAGCGGCGUCGUGCUACAUGGCUGCGCUGCCGACCCAGACCGCCACACCGCAGCAGCCGACUCCCAGCUCGCCAGACACGGAUCGCAACGCAGCAGCAGCAGCAGCAGCAGCAACAGCAGAACAGCAGGAGCAGGAGAACGCCGCAACGUGGCGAUCGGGUCCGCCUGGGUUUGACGGCGAGCUAGCCGCGUGCAACAUUGCGCGUGUGGACGCAGGGCAAAUCACACGAGCACAGUUUCUGAGCAUAUACCACGAAAAGACCCCAGUCAUCCUGACCAACCUCGAGACAAACACCCGCUUCCGAGAACUCACCGAGCGACAGGCGCUGGUCGAGUCGCACGGCGACCGGACGGUGACCUUGUCGUCGGCCAACACGUACUCGUACGACAAGCGCAAGAUUUCGUUCAAGACGUACGUCGACACCAUGCUGGGCGAGCAGAGUCGCACCAUGCUUGGCAACGAGACGUUCUACAUGUUUGGCGACCACGACUGGGCCGACUGGCAGGACCUGUUCCAGUUCUACGUCGAGCCGCCAUUCACGCCCGACGGCAUGCUCUCCGCCCUGAGCUUUGGUGUGGCGGGCCCCCUCUCUGGAGUGCCCAUGCACCACCACGGCUGUGGGUUUAGCGAGUCUAUUCAUGGGAGGAAGCGAUGGUUUCUAUAUCCACCGCACACUGUUCCCAACUUUCAUCCAGACCAGACCACGCUGCGAUGGGUGCUUGAUGUCUACCCGCAACUCAAGGCCAGCGGUGAUCCCGACCUUUACGAGUGCGUUGUGCACCCCAACGAAGCCAUCUACUUUCCCUCCAACUGGUGGCAUGCGACGUUCAAUCUCGACGAGUGCGUGUUCAUGUCCACCUUCCUGGCGUUCUAACGUCGCUUGAAAAUGAAAGCGGCAAUUCUCGUUUAUUCCAAGUUGUCCUUGUUUUUGAUCUAACUUCCCUGUACUGUAUCCCAUUCCUACAUUUUAA